AUGGAAAGUAAAAAUGAAUUUGAAUUUAAAAAAGUUGAACAUCUGAAUUUAGAAUGUUUUAAAAUACCUAUAUUUUUUGAAGAAAUUUUAUCAGAGUUCAUAGCACAAUUAAUAAGAAGUCAUCCCAAUAAUGUAUAUCUUUUUGCUUUUAAUUAUUUUGAUGAGAAAUUAAAAAAUUGUGAAUGA